AUGACCUACUUUGACACUUUGAAGCGUUCCUACACUGACGUCGACAUCGCUGAGGGUAUCAACACACAGCAGUUCCUCGAGGCAACCGAAGGCGUUGUCAAGCUUUUUGAUUUGCUCGGCUCUACUGCCUUCUCUGUUGUCCAAAGUGACAUGAACGGCAACAUCAAGAAAAUUCAAGAUAGAUUGCUCAAGGAUCCUAUCAACAGCAGCACUUUGGAAGGUUUGAUGGCCGCUGAGGCACCCGAGAAGAAGCGUGUCGCCACUGAAGGUCUUUUGUGGUUGAGCCGUGGUCUCGAUUUUACUGCUCAAGCACUCCGUCGUAGCAUUGAGAACCCCGCUGAGGAGCUCAACGUAUCAUUCACCAAGGCCUAUGAAGCUACUCUUAGAAAGCACCACAGCAUGAUGGUUCGACCUGUUUUUUCGCUUGCCAUGAAGGCCUGCCCUUACCGCAAGGACUUUUAUGAAAAGAUCGGUGCUGUGACAGAUGCCGCUCUCGAGCUCAUGAAGAGUUGGUUGGCUGCUUUAGAAAAUAUCAUUGCCAAGAUCAAUGCUGUGUUCGCUGCUCAUCCCGAGUACAUCAAGGGCAUGUAA